GAUCAUAAUCAGAAGCCCUAAAAACUGCGAAAGAUAGUGAGUCGUUUCUAAUUUGUCGUUUUUGAAGCGAAAAGCAAAGUAGCAGAGGAAAAAUGGCUGGAGUUGGUCCGUUGACGCAGGACUGGGAACCCGUGGUGAUCCGAAAGAAGGCUCCUACCGCGGCUGCUAAGAAGGACGAGAAGGCUGUUAACGCCGCUCGCCGCAUGGGCGCCGAUAUAGAAACCUUGAAGAAGUCUACUGCGGGGACAAACAAAGCUGCCUCUAGCAGUACUUCUUUGAACACAAGGAAGCUUGAUGAUGAAACGGAAAAUCUUGCUCAUGAACGUGUACCCACAGAACUGAAGAAAGCCAUCAUGCAAGCUCGAAUGGACAAGAAGCUCACUCAAGCUCAGCUUGCACAGAUGAUCAAUGAGAAGCCUCAAGUGAUCCAAGAAUACGAGUGUGGCAAAGCCAUUCCAAAUCAACAAAUUAUUAUCAAACUGGAAAGGUUUCUUGGUGUGAAACUGCGAGGAAAGAAGUAGAAAUUUGGCAUGUAAACUGAUCAAAUAUGAUAAUUGAACUGGUAGUCUGAAGUAAAUUGUCAGAGUCCAACUGUUGUGUGUAAUCCUUGAACUGUCUGUUGCUACCUGCCGUUUGUAGCGUUCACUGUAAGGAAACUCUCUUAAAGUGGCUCUGUGACAAGUCUUGGGAACUAGUGAGAUCAACUUGUUCACUAGGGGUUUCGUCUGUCUUA